AUGUAUGGAGAAAUCCCAGAAAUUAUCAUGAUAUGUUUCUCAUUCCUUAUUUUUGUAAUUGAUGUCUAAUUGAAAUAAUCUAAAUUUGAAUAUUCACCAACUUAACUCUCAUCUAAGAAAUUAAGAGAAGAGAAUGAACUGGAUAAAACUGAUAAAUCUGAUAAAAUACAUCUAUAAUCUAUAGCCUAUAGUGAUAAUUAAGCUGGUCACAAAACCAGCACUAAAUGUAAACAUAAUACAUUAUCAAUAUUAGAUUAAUUUCUAUAAAUUCUCGAUGAAUUUCCUGAUGGAGUUGCAUUGAUAAUAUUCAAUGAAAAUAGAGAACCUUAAGUUGAUUUUUGUAAUCAAACUAUGAUGAAUUUAUUACAUACAACUUAAUCAGAGUUAUUAAGUUCUUUAAUGUCACUCAAGAAUUUACAUAUUAUGAAAAAGAAAUAAUAAUCUUAAGAUAUGUCAGCAUCAAUUUCUACAUACAAAAGUAUGUAUUCUCCUGAAAAGCAUAAAAUUGGAAUUGUUAGAUCUAUGUAUCGAGCAUCAACUACAGUUUAGAAUCCUAAUAAUGAGUAGUUCAUCAAUACAAGAUUGAAAUUUUCGAAAAAUGUAAAGUUUUCUAUAAAAAUAGCCUUUCAAAAUGGCUCUAGAAUAGGCUAUUCUGUAAAUUCAUUCUUAAGAAGUACAAUCCUUAUUAACUAAAACUCAAAUAGGAUUUGAUUUACAUACAAUUUUGAAUGGAUAUACUACAUCAUAAUCAAAAAAAGAUGUUUGUAUUGAAAUCAAACUAUUUAUAUCAUAUCUUAAUGAUUAACCUUAAUUAUUGAUCUUGACUAGAGAUGUAUCUUAUAAAGAUUAUAUCAAAUCAAUUAAUCAACAUAGUAAAGCAAAAUCAAAUUCAUUGAAUUUUGUAUCACAUGAAAUUAGAACUCCAAUUAAGUGCAUAAUUUAAUUAUUAGAAGAAAUUGAGUAAAAAAAUGAUACUAUCAAAAAUGUUUUGUGGAAUUGUUAUUAUUUAUUGAAUUUCAGUCAUGAUUUACUUGAUCUUGCAUAAAUAAAAGUUGGAAAAUUUAAAUUACACAAAAUCAAAUUCAAUUUUGAAUAAUUAAUUUUAUAAUUAUUUGAUUUAUUUAGAGUAGAAGCUAAGAGAAAUUCUAUUGCUUUGAAAUUGGAAUAUGAUCAAUAUACACCAAAAGAAAUAUAUAAUGAUGAUGUAAGAAUAAAAUAGGUGUUGAUUAAUUUGAUUGGAAAUGCAUUCAAAUUCACAAUUGAAGGUAGUAUAACAGUAAUUGUAAAGGAUUAAAAAGAUGGGACUUUAGAAAUUAAAAUAAUUGAUACUGGUUUUGGUAUAAGAGAGGAAGAUAGGAAGAAAUUAAUCAAAGCAUUUGGUAGAUUGGAUGAUGAUGAAACAAAAUAAUUCAAUCGAUCUGGUGUUGGAUUAGGAUUAUUAAUUAGUAAUAUGAUAUGUAAGUCACUUUCAACUAAAGAGGCUGGUAUUAAAAUUGAAUCUGAACUUUAUAAAGGAAGUUCUUUCUCAUUUGAAAUAGAUUAUGAGACUGAAUUUGAUACUGUUAUUAUUUGUGGUAAUGAGAGCAAUAAUGAAGAAGAAGAUUUAGUAGAUAUUGAAACCUAACCUCGAAUCCAACGUAUUUAUUCAAAUCAAGCUUUUCGAUAGAGAGAAUUACUAAUUGUUGAUGAUAAUCAAUUUAAUAUUGAUAUUUUGAUUAAGUUAUUUAAUAGAAAGGGAAUAACUAGAAUUGAUUAUGCAAUUAAUUGUUAACAUGCUUUAAAAAUUCUAGAUGAACGGAUUCGAAAUCAUAUAUUUUAUAGAGUUGUUCUCUUAGAUAUUGAAAUGCCAAUUAUUGAUGGUUUUGGAACUGCUAAGAUGAUUAAAGAAUAUGUUAAUGAAACAAUGGCUAUAAUGCCUGUUCUUAUUGCUGUUAGUGGACAUGGAUUACAUAUGAAAUAAUAAACAUUAAAUAAUGGAUUUGUAGAUUAUUAUGAAAAACCAUUAAAAAUUGGAGACAUAGAAGAGAUCAUCACUCGUUAUCUACAAUGA